AUGUCUGUCGACGUAUCGGCACCUCUGUCUUUCCUUACCCUCCCAGAAGAGAUCCUCCUGCAGAUCUUCCGAAAACACUAUGCAUCGACCCUGCAGCAACACAGGAUCGCCAAGCGCAAGAAGGCGGCCAAGGCCAAUAAGCCGGUCUACGUUCGACCAUUCACCCAAGAAUGCCUUGAUGCUCUCCUGAUCAGUAAGGUCACGUGCCCGGCAGCAAGGGAAGCCUUCCUACAACAGGCCAAUUUCCGUUUCAAGAUGAUGGAGGGUGGCGACGUCCCAGGAGUCCUCCAUGCCCUUGAAACAAAUCAGACCAUUCGAACAAUGUCAGGCGACCUCAAUACAAGCCGCGCUUUAUGUGUCCAUAGAAAGUACUUCGGACGACAUGGACGCAUCAAUCUCAAGCGGUUCCUCGUCGAAGAACACGGAACUGCCCGUAUUGACUUGAAUCAAAUCGGACGAAUCAAACAUUUCCUGUGGAGAAUCGAUAUGGAUAGACCAGUAUUCAAGGCCAUGGGCAUUGAGUACACCGGAUGUUUCAGACUGAGAAGCUCGACCAUGGACCUCGCCUGCAUCAACAGGCCAGGCUACGACCCGAGUUUCGAGACGUACUCCGGACCAUAUGCAACCCUGACUAACCAUGAGUCGUGGAACUGCACUUUGGAGAUUACUUUGCACCCUGAUGGCACGCUCACUGCUUCGAGCCAUUUUUGUUGGGAGGCGGUGUUGAAGAAAUUCGAGGAUCGGAUAUUUGUGGAGGAAGAGCCGGUUCGCAUUAUUGAAGACGUUUCCGAGGAGUAG